CGUGUUGGCGCGGUCGCGCUUCUCUGAGCAUCGCUCUGAGGGGAGGAGAGGAGAGACGGAGACGGAGCUGAGCCACACCAAGUGUCCGACGAAUGUUUGCUUCUUCCCGCUGCCGAUGUACACCCCUCGCAUUCCUAUGUCUGCCAGUUGACACCCUGAACGUGAAAGAUCAGGCUUCGACCCCUGCAAGGAUUUUAGGAGUCCUUUAGUGCGCUUCGCGUUUUUUCAGGAGCACCUGACAUUUCCUGUGGCACACUUACUCAACGGAUCAUGGCACAGACCAACAGCAGCGGACAAGGGACCAAUGGGGUAGCAGAUGAGUCCCCCAACAUGAUAGUGUACAGAAAGAUGGAGGAGGUAAUAGCACGCAUGCAGGACGAGAAAAAUGGCAUCCCCAUCCGAACAGUGAAAAGUUUUCUAACCAAGAUCCCCAGUGUUUUUUCAGGUUCGGAAAUUGUGCAGUGGUUGAUCAAAAACCUGGAAAUUGAAGAUCCAGUGGAGGCACUUCACCUAGGAACACUGAUGGCUGCACAUGGUUACUUCUUCCCCAUUUCAGAUCAUGUCCUCACUCUAAAAGAUGAUGGCACUUUCUAUAGGUUUCAGACACCAUACUUCUGGCCAUCAAAUUGCUGGGAACCUGAAAACACAGACUAUGCUGUUUACCUCUGCAAAAGAACAAUGCAAAAUAAAGCACGUCUGGAGCUUGCAGAUUAUGAAGCGGAGAGCUUAGCAAGGCUACAGAGAGCUUUCGCCAGGAAAUGGGAGUUCAUUUUUAUGCAAGCAGAAGCACAAGCAAAAGUGGACAAGAAGAGAGAUAAAAUUGAGAGAAAAAUUCUUGACAGUCAGGAAAGAGCAUUCUGGGACGUGCACAGACCAGUGCCUGGAUGUGUGAACACAACAGAAGUUGACAUAAAGAAGUCCUCCAGAAUGAAAAAUCCACACAAAACCAGAAAGUCUGUGUACGGGCUGCAGAAUGAUAUCCGCACCCACAGCCCGACGCACACCCCCGCUCCAGAGGCAAAGCAGCCAACAGAAGAAGAACUGCAGCAACAGAUCACCUUUUGGCAAUUACAAUUAGACAGGCAUCGACUGAAAAUGUCCAAAGUGGCAGAGAGUUUGGUGGGUUACACUGAGCAGUAUUUUGAAUACGACCCCUUCCUCACGCCUCCAGACCCAUCCAACCCCUGGAUCUCAGAUGACACCACACUGUGGGAGCUUGAAGCCAGUAAGGAACCAGGCCAGCAGAGGGUAAAGAGGUGGGCUUUCGGGAUUGAUGAGGUUCUCAAAGAUCCAGUAGGAAGAGAGCAGUUCCUCAAGUUUCUUGAGUCUGAGUUUAGCUCGGAAAAUUUAAGGUUCUGGCUAGCAGUCCAAGAAGUGAAGAAGCGUCCCAUCAGAGAAGUUCCAACAAGAGUUCAGGAAAUCUGGCAGGAGUUUUUGGCCCCUGGGGCCCCCAGUGCCAUCAACGUGGAUUCCAAAAGCUACGGCAAAACCACUCAGAAUAUCAAAGAUCCCGGGCGCUAUGCCUUUGAAGAUGCACAGGAGCAUAUCUACAAAUUAAUGAAGAGUGAUUCUUACAGUCGUUUCAUCCGUUCCAGUGCCUAUCAGGAGCUAUUACAGGCUAAGAAGAAGAAAAGUAAGAAUUUGUUCUGAAGGCUCUUGCUUACAGUACAGGGGAAACCACUGGCAUACAAAGGAUUGACAACUUGUGUGCCAUCAUGCUAAAAUCAAUGGCCUCCCUUUCUCUGGGACAAAGAGAGGGCGAUCAUCCCAUCUCUUCAUCAUCUCUGUCUGUCAUCUGCUCUCAGCUCAGCAAAAUGAUGAGCUGAGCUGCUCGUUUGUCUGUUGUCUACAGGAUGUUGCAUGUCCACGGAGAGGACAUUCCCGCUCCUCUCUGCUCUUUCCGUACCUGAGAUAUUCCAGUUUUUUCAGAAGGAAGGGAACGGCUGGACUUGUGAUGACACUGGCAGAAUGUCCAGUUCUUUGCUGCAUUAAUGCUGAAUUAAAGCCCUUUCCUCUCGCUUCCUGCCGAAACAAAUGUCUGGGAGAAGUAAUAGAAAAGAAACACAGAUAAAAAGAAAAAA